GUGGGUUGGUCAAACUGGAAAUUAUCAGAACGAUAAUUUUUUGGUGGCAAUCAGAAUUUAACCAAAUUGAUUUUAUAUUGCAAAGUUCACCAAUUGCAGUUAUAAUUAGAUACAACUAACAAGCAAGCAUGUUUAGAAACAAUUAUGAUAAUGACUCUGUCACAUAUUCUCCAACAGGGAGAUUAUUCCAAGUUGAAUAUGCGUUGGAAGCCAUUAAACAAGGAAGUGCAGCUGUUGGAUUAGUAUCCAAGAGUCAUGUUGUAUUGGCAGCAUUGAAACGUAAUGCUGAGGAAUUGGGUUCAUAUCAAAAGAAAAUCAUAAAGAUUGAUGAUCAUAUGGGUGUUGCCUUAGCUGGUUUAGCUCCUGAUGCCAGAGUUUUAUCCAAUUUCUUAAGAAAACAAGCUAUGAGUUCUAAAAUGAUCUAUAAUAGACCAUUACUGACUUCAAAAGCAGUUUUAUCCAUAGCUGAUAAAGCUCAAGAAAAUACUCAAUCUUAUGGUUCAAGGCCCUAUGGUGUUGGAUUGUUGAUUGCUGGAUAUGACGAGACUGGUGCUCAUUUAUAUGAAUUUCAACCAUCUGGUUCAGUAUUGGAAUAUUAUGGUGCUGCCAUUGGGGCAAGAUCUCAAGCUGGUAGAACAUAUUUAGAAAGAAAUUUGGAUACUAUUCUUGAAACAGAUUCAGUUGAAGAAUUAAUAGUUCAUGGUUUAAACGCUUUAAGAGAUACCUUAUCCCAAGAUGUUGAAUUAACUUUUAAAAAUACAAGUGUCAGUGUUGUGGGUAAAGAUUCAGAUUUCAAAAUAUAUGAUGAUGAAGAAGUACAACAAUGGUUAGAUAAAUUGGAUUCAGUUUCAAAUGCUAGAAAUAGAGCUGGUGAUGAUGAUGCUGAUGAUAAUAAUGAAAAUCAAGAAACCACAGAAGAAACUACCACUACUACAGAAGCUGCCACCACAGAAGAAGCUUCCAAUGAUGAUAAUGCUAAUGAAGCAACUGAUGCUCCUGCUGAAGAUAGAAUGGAAACCGACGAAUAAUUCACUAAUACUAAAUAAUAGAGUGUCUGUAUAUUAAUAGUUCAAUGCAUUU